AUGGCCUCCCUCGCACCCACGCUUCCGCCGUUUCGCGCCUUUCAUUCCGCCCUCUGUGCUGCACCGCUCUGCACCGCGCGGCCCUUGCGGCCUCGAGUGUUCCUUCGUCGCCUGUCGCAGCGUGUCGUGUGCGCGUCGCAUGGCGAACGACCCGCCGACGCGCCAAGCGACAGUCGGCCUGGCGAAUCGCAGCAGCGCGCGUUCGCCGCCGCCGGCACAGCGGCUCUGAUUGGCGGCGACCCGCAAGCCGCCGCGGAUGCCGCAGCCGCCGCCGCCCGUGAGGGUGACUCGGCGGACCCCUCCACUGGCGGCGCGCGUGCGCCCGCCUGCGAUGAUGUCUCCGCGGGUCUCGCCCUCAUCCUCUCCCACCAGCGGCGGUGGACGUGGCGCGGCGCGAGUAUCAACUACUGUGACAUUCCACCCCGCGCCGGCGGCGAGGGCGCGGGGGAGAGCGGCGAGGGGGGUUGGCGGGGGAGAGAGGACGCGCCCGCCGUGGUGUUGGUGCACGGCUUCGGCGCUUCCAUCGGCCACUGGCGCAGAACGGCAGCGGCGGUGGCGGGGGCGGGCAUGAGGGUGGUGGCGCUGGACCUGCUGGGGCUGGGCGCCUCCGACAAGCCGCACGGCGGGGACUACACCAUCGACGCGUGGGCGCAGAUGCUGCAGGACUUCGUAUCCGAAGUGGUGCAGUGCAGAGUGGUGCUGGUGGGCAACUCCAUCGGCAGCCUCGUUGCCCUUGCUGCUGCUGCCGCGCUGCCGGGCGAGGAGGUGGCGGGGGUGGUGCUGCUGAACUGUGCGGGCGGGCUGAACAACAAGGCCAUUGAGGACGACUGGCGCAUCCGCCUCGCGCUGCCCUUCUUCCUCCUCAUCGACUGCCUCCUCUCCAUCCCUCCCCUCGCCUCCGCCAUCUUCAACCGCGUCCGCACCAGGGACAACGUUGCAUCGGUGCUGCGAGCGGUGUACAGCAACCCCGAUGCCGUCGAUGAUGAGCUCGUGCAGCUGAUAUGUGCGCCAGCAGAGGACCCCGGGGCGCUGCACGUGUUCACGGCGGUGCUCACGGGCCCGCCUGGCCCGCGCCCGGAGCACCUGCUGCCACAAAUCGAGGCGCCGCUGCUGCUGCUGUGGGGCGAGCAGGACCCCUUCACGCCGCUGGACGGCCCCGUGGGGCGCUUCUUCUCGCAGCUGCCGCAGCACCGCCCGCUCACCACCAUGCUCACACUCCCCCUGUGCGGCCACUGCCCCCACGACGACCAGCCCGUGGCGGUGCAGCAAGCGCUGCUGCCAUGGCUCGCCCAGCUGGGCCGCACCAAGUAG